GUUUAAAGAGGGGACAGAUAAAAGAUACCGUAUGAGUAGCGUGCAGCAGCCUUGGCUUGGUUUUGCCUGGCUAUGAAGUGCUUUUUGAAAAGUGUUGAUGGAAGACAUGAUCCCAUUCCUAUUCCCAAUGGUGUUGAAGUUAUUCUUGGGAGAGGACCACAAACUUGUAUAACCGACAGGAAAUGUUCUAAAGAACAAGUUGAGCUUUUGGCGAAUUUUGAGAAACGAGUGAUACGUGUCAAACAGCUUGCAGUAAACCCAACAAUGGUUGGAGAGGUAAGGUUGAAGAAGGGGGAGAGUGCGUUGAUGAAAGAAGAUCAGGUUCUUCUCAUGGUAAAUUCCCUUCACCCGUACACCAUGGUCUUUGAAGAAGACAAUACCAAGGAACCAACUACCUCUAGGAAAUCCAGAGCACCUGCUAAAGUUCCAAAGCCUCCAGUUCAUACUGGAUCUCCAAGGAAGACAAUAGUAGAUUUCUUUGGUACCUCUGCAUCUGAAAGUCAAAAGAGGCGUCCUCGAGGUGAAGAAAAUUCCAAACCUGUCAGCAAGAACCCAAAGUAUCAAGAAAAUGCUUCAGAAGCUACAGAAAAGCAAGAAGAUUCAGACGAUGAAGAGGAGAUUUCUAAGAAACUGAAAGACCUGCAGGAGACUGCUGCCAAGGCCAAUACGACAAAAAUAAGUAUGAGCCAGACAUCGUCUGAAGUAUAGAGAGGAAAUCCAUGCAGCAAGGAUUCCUGGGAGGAACACGGAAAACUUCUGGUGUUUAGCAAGAAAGAUGUUCUGUCCUCUUCCAAGAUUGCGUGGUUUGACAUUGAUGGAACAAUAAUUACUACCAAAUCAGGAAAAGUCUUCUCCACCAGGCCUGAUGAUUGGAGAAUUUUAUAUCCAGAGGUGCCAAGAAAAUUAAAAGAGCUUCUGGUUGAAG